AUGUCUCAAGGGUUGAAUUUUAAAAGCCAGCAGAGUACCGGUCAACUAGCCUGUAUUUGGGGAAGAAUAUUAACAUGGCAAGCCCAUCACCCUUUGCCCCUCACUCCUCCGCACAAGGAACGAUAUUCCCUUGAGCAUGGCCUCAACUAG